AUGGUACACAUUCAGCGAAUUGGUACGCACAACGGAAACAUCUCAGCGCCGGACCAUAAGCAGAAUUUGUUCCAAGUUUAUAAACAGUGGAAAGAAAUAUCCGAACAACUCUCGUCGACUGUCAACGACUAUGCUGGUGCCUGUAGUAGAUUAGCUACUGUAGCCUCAACGGCAGAUCGGUCGACGAUCGAAACCGUCUUUACCAGUGUCGACCAGGGCUUGCAUUACCUGGGGGCAAAUGAGGAAAAAUUGACUGCAGCAAAGCAACUUCUUAGCGCACUCAGAAAUAGAGUCUCAACCCUAUGCCCGAUUGACAUACUACCGGACGAAAUACUCGGGUACGUUUUUGAGUUGGCAAGCGUGCCUUGCGUACAAUCGAAUCGCAAUGAACAAGCACAAUGCCAUAUAGUCAUAUGCCCCGAGUUACUCUCAAGUGUCUGCAUUAGGUGGCGCCAUGUCGCAAGCAAUACAUAUAACCUAUGGACUCACCUUGACCUCAUUCCUACCGCUCAGUCAUCCCACAAGCUAUACAACCGUUCGCGAAUAUGGCUCCGCAAGGCUAGAUCUGCCCCACUUCACGUUCAUAUCCGCCAACGUUCCUGCGCAAAAAAGGAUGAGAUUAUACAGGUUACUGGGUUUUUAGCGCCCAUUAUGAGGCAAUUACAUACAAUCCACCUCGAGGCGGACUGUCAUACUAUGGAAUUAUUCCAGGCGGUUUUGGGAUGCUGGAUUGAAUUUGGCCAACCAGGCUCGACCAAGUCUCUUAUUUUGCACAGGCCGGGCCCAAGUAGUCUCAUGAGUCAUCCAGGUAUCCGCUCGCCAGACGAGCAGCUACUUGACCAUUUACAAACGCAACACCCCGACGAACAUUUAGAUCGAUUCUUACUACCACUGCGCACAAUCCGCUUGCACAACGUAUAUAUAGGAUGGGGGACAGCGGCUCUUUGCAGAUUAUCUGAAUUACAUCUCGAGGCACUUCCAGCUUGGGUUGGCCUGACGAUUAGCCAACUGAUUUUGACGCUCCGCGCGAGCCCAGAAAUUCGCUCGCUGAAGAUAGCUAGAGUGGGUAUUGUAGAUGCGCUUACGGAGGGUGAAGAUCCUUCUCAACCUAUCUAUCUCGGCAACCUUGAGUGUCUGGGCUUGCUUGGGGCCGACUUUGAAGUGCUAAAACGGCUCCUGACCCUUGUUGUCCCAGGAAAAUCACCACUAUCUAUAAGUAUGAACUUAUACGAGCAAGACCGUAUUCUACCUGAACUCCAAUCAUUCCUUGAUCGAUCAAGUGUUUCGGCUUUGUACCUCGAUGCAGGGGAACAAAAUUGGGUACCCGCUCUUUUUGGAUGUAUGCCGUGCUUAAGGUCCCUGGCUAUACGGGGCUUUCACCUCUCUCGGGAUAGUUUCCCUGAUUCACCACCGGAGCAACUAACUGCUAUAUGCGCUCCCAAUCUCGAGUCGCUUUACUUUAUUGGGUGUCGAGUAGGUAUAAAGCCGUUGCGGGGUAUGGUCGCUGCUCACUCGGGCACUCUUCGAUCUCUGAAGCUCUGGCGGACCAAUCUAUAUGCGGAUUCUCUGUCGGACGUUCCCGACACUGAUACUGGUGAUGUGCUCGACACAUUGACCGAUCUAAUCCCGCACGUCCAACGUUCCUGUCAAAUGAAUGAUUACCCCGUGUUGAAUUGGGAUGUGUGCGAUCGUUUUAGGGGGUGUAAUGUCAUCACCCCCUAUGAUUGA